CUCAUUUAUAAUUCGAAUUUCAGUCGAUGUGUGACAAGCAAACAACAAACUCCGUUUGAUUGUCCGGGUUUUUUUUUCGGUUCGACUUAUCGUCAGCGUCGUCGUCGUGAUUUCGCGUUUUUUUCGUCAUUUCAGCCGGGCUGAAAUGGCUAUAUCCCGGCUUUUUUUGUAAAAUUAAUAAAUCGCGUAAAAACUUUUUUUUUUGUUUAUUUUUUUUUCCCUAAAAUUUGCUACACAACAUAUAUUUUGUUGUUUUCUCUUGCUCUCCCUCUUUCAAAAUGUUUUUGCUCUUGGACCUCUUAAUUUUUUUCAAUUUUUCGUCGUACAAUUGAUUUUUCGAGCAAAAAAACAAAGAAUGAUGUUUAGAAUAAAUAUUAUUUUAAUGCUGUCAACAAUCAUUCCUGAUUUAGAUUGUUGUUCGAGCUUUAAAAUUUUCAAUCGAAAAUCUAUUCAUCUCUAUCCUGCCUCUGGCAUAGAGCUUUCAAUUCAUAAAUCAAUGCAAUAUCAACAGAAUAUUCAUAAUCAUCAUCUGCUACUUCAACAACAAACCUCACAAUUAACACCUCAAAAUGAAGAUGGAGGUUUAAAUGAAAAUAUCAGAACAAGCUUCUGGCAUAAAUACUUUAAAUUUUUAGAUUUGAAAAAAUAUUCAAAAACUAAACAAUCAGAUGAGCCUUCUUCUCAUGCUCAUAAGCCAAAUAAAUCGUUGACGUUAGAUAUUCAAAAUCAAAGGGAACAAACGUUGGAACAUUUAUUUGUAUAUGAUCAGCAGCAACAGGGGCAAUUUUCACCGUUGUCGAUUUCAACAAUAACCACUGAUCCGGUGGUAGGUGAACCGCCUACCACCACCGGACCACCAUCAACAACAACAACAACAAAAGCGACAACAACAACAAAAUCACAACACCAAUAUGAACAACAAGAUGAUGUUCAAUUCAAAUUAAUAAGUGAAAUUGUUUCAUUAGAAUGUGUUGAUAUUUUGAAAUUAGAAUUUUGCUUGAAUGGAGGACGAUGUUUUCUUUAUCCAAUUUUGAAUCAUAGUCUAACAUCAUGUGAAUGUGCUGAAGGAUUUGUAGGAGAACGAUGUGAAGCUAAAAGCUAUGAAUUCAUUCCUCGGAUUCGUCCCCGAUUGGUCUUAGCAAAGACUAAAGGUGGACCAUUGGUUUAUGGAUUAGCUAUCGUGGACGUACUAUUUCUUUUGUUUUUGUUAUGCAAAAACUAUAAUAGAGACUAAAAACGUAUGUAUUACUUGUAUUAUAAAUUUAACGAAAAUAUUCUUCUAACUAAGCGAAGAUUACCGGUAUUUCUUCCUUAAAUUUAUUCUUAUUUUUUUUUUUUAUAUCGUUGUAUUUAAUUUUCUAAUUUAUUGUAACAUAAACAUUAAGACAUACAAAUUUAAUUUUGUAUUUAUCUAAAAGAAAUUAAAAAUCUAAAAAGCGCGUCAUAGUUUAUUUUGUUUUUUGUUUUAUUUAAUUUUUUUGGUAAAUUGAAAUUAUGUACUUGAAAGAAACAUUUUUGUAAAUAAAAGAAAAAUUUGUCGAUCGGUAAA